AUGGCUACUCCCCUCAAGCGUAAAGCCGGCGACAUUGCUACCUCUACCGCCAAGAAACCAAAAGCCAAUGCCACCAUAACUUCCUUCUUCUCCUCGCCCUCCAGCACAGCAAAGCCAGCUGCCGCUGCUGCUGCAUCUACAGCCUCUUCGACCGUCUCUUCUUCCCCUGCUACCGUCCACGAUGACGCCUCUCAAAAGUCCACCGCAUCAACAACUGCCACUACUGCAUCCAUCUUCACGUCUGCCGCCACGGCCCCUCCACCAGCAGAAGCAGCGGCACCGCCACCAAAGUUUGACAAAGGGAAGUGGGUCGAGAAGCUCACGCCUGAGCAAAAAGAUCUGCUAGCACUGGAGAUUGCGUCUCUGGAUGAAAGCUGGCUGUCCCAGCUGAAAGAUGAAGUCGUCACCAAAGACUUCCUCGAUUUGAAGCGUUUCCUGAAGAAAGAGCAUGAGAAUGGGAAGAAGAUUUUUCCUCCUGCAGCUGAUGUGUAUUCAUGGUCCCGUCACACACCCCUGAACACCGUCAAAUGCGUGAUCCUAGGCCAAGACCCCUACCACGGCCCCAACCAAGCCCACGGUCUCUGCUUCUCAGUCCGCCCUCCCACCCCGGCGCCCCCAUCUCUCGCGAACAUCUACAAGCUUCUCAAGAUAGAAUACCCUGACAGCUUCGAACCUCCUCCCAAAAAGGGGGGCUUGCUCACCCCCUGGGCAGACCGUGGUGUAUUGCUCCUGAAUACGUGUCUCACGGUGAGAGCGCACGAGGCCAACAGCCAUGCAAAUCAAGGUUGGGAGAAGUUCACGCAAAAGGUGAUUGAUAUUGUGGCGAAGAAGAGGACGAACGGGGUGGUGUUUUUGGCGUGGGGAACCCCGGCAGCGAAGAGGGUGGCCAAGUUGGAUAGAGUGAGGCAUUGCGUGCUGCAGAGCGUGCAUCCGAGUCCUUUGAGUGCGGCCAGAGGGUUUUUUGAUUGUGGACAUUUCCAGAAGACCAACGCGUGGUUGAAGCAGAGGUAUGAGGAGGAUGGGGCUAUUGAUUGGAAUUUGGACGUUCCUCCUGAGGAAACCAGCGUUUAA